AUGCGGGGAUCGGGGAAUUUUAGGAACCCCAUCCCCAACUUUUUUCGAGCCGAGGACAUUUUCGAGGUUCCCGAACCCGACCAACAGUCGGUCGGAAUUCCGACUGUCGGAAUGGCGAAAUGCCAGCUAGGUCUGAUUCCGACCGAGCAGUUUGGAAAGUCGGUCGGAAUUCCGAUUGUCGGAAUAACGGAAUGCCAACUCGGUCGGAUUUCGAUCGACUGA